AUGCCCUGCAAACUAGAGCUGGAGCCAUUGUUGCCAAACUGAUCCAGAAGCAUCACCAUGGGCCUUGCUGAGACUCAUGAUAACUUCUACAACUGGAGCACUAUGGGCCUCGGUACCUACAACUGGAAAGAUACAUUAAUUGUGACUGUGUACCUCUUCCUGGUCUUGUACAUUGGCCUACGGGCUUUAUCCAGAGAUCGUUCAACGAUAAAAGGCUUCUUCCUAGCUGAUCAAAAUCUAGUAUGGGGACUGAUAGGUACUUCUCUUUUUGCUGCAAAUACUGGCAGUAGCCACUUUAUUGGCCUGGCAGGGAUAGGAGCGUCUUCAGGGAUAGCCAUUGGGGCCUUCGAAUGGAAUACUGUAUUUAUGCUCUUUAUUCUUGGUUGGAUAUUUGUUCCUAUUUACAUGAAAGCUGGGGUGGCAACACUGCCAGAAUAUUUGAGAAAGAGGUUUGGUAGCGCCCGGAUCCAGGUCCUCGUUUCUAUUCUGUUUAUACUCAUUGAUUUCCUCACUAGGAUCUUGGUGGAAGUCUGCUAUGGCGCCAUGUUUGUGAAGAUUGCUUGGGACAUGGAUGUUUACCAGGUCACACUGGUAUUGCUGGUGAUUUCUGGCAUUUAUACCUUCACAGGUGGUUUGGCAGCUGCAAUUUAUACUGAGGCUUUACAUGCUGUUGCUAUGCUUUUGGGGUCCAUUGUGUUAAUGGUCUAUGCCUUUAGAAAAGUGGGAGGAUACAAGCAGCUACAGCAUGAUUACUUCUACGCCAUCCCAGGAGAGACCAGAGAAGGAAACUGGACUGCCCAACCAGAGUGCUACACCCCGAACCCAAGUGCUUUCCAUAUCUUCCGAGGUUCCAUCUCUAGAGAAUUCUCCUGGCCCAAACUCAUCUUUGGUGCCACUACAGUCUCCUUAUUCUAUGGCUGUGCUGAUCAGGUUUCUGUCCAGCGGGGCCUGGCGGGGAAGAGCAAACCCCACAUGCAUGUUGGCUUCAUUCUGUAUGGGUACCUGAAGCUGUUGCCCAUGUUCCUCAUGGUGAUGCCAGGAAUGAUCAGCCGCAUUUUUUACCCAGACCAAGUGGCAUGUGUUGUACCUUCAGAAUGUCAAAAGUACUGUGGGGCCCAACGCAGUUGUAGCCCUAUCGCUUAUCCAAAGCUGGUGGUAUCAUUGCUACCUACUGGCCUACAGGGCAUGAUGUUGUCUACAGUAUGUGCUGCCAUCAUUUCCUCCCUGACUUCUGCUUUCAACAGUAUCAGUGCCCUGUUCACCAUGAACAUCUAUGCCUGGAUGCGACCUAAGGCCUCUGAAAAUGAACUCAUGAUAACAGCAAGGUUUUUUAUUAUAACCUUACUUGCUACCACCAUUGUUUGGAUCCCUAUUAUAGAAACAGCUUUCAGUGAAAAAUUAUUUGAAUAUAUGCUGCUGAUAAGGAGUUGCCUGACGCCACCCAUUACUGCCCUCUUCAUACUUGCUGUGUUUUCCAAGAGAGUCAAUGAGGAGGGUGCCUUCUGGGGGCUGAUUUUUGGGAUUAUAAUUGGCUUAUGUCGACUGGUGCCUGAGCUUAUGUUCAUACGCAGGACCUGUGAGGACAGCAAGUGCCCUAUGCCCAUAUGCAGAAUACACUACUUCUAUUUUAGCAUGGCCCUCCUCCUGGUCAGUCUUCUCAGCAUGCUGGGGAUCUCCUUCUUCAGAGCCCCAAUUCCAGAUAAACAUCUCCACGGGCUUUGCUGGAGCUUACGAAAGAGCCAAGAGAAGAGGGUAGAUCUGGACAGGGACAGAACAUGGAGGAGACUCCCCAGAUUCGCAGCCACACCAGCUAUGUUCGGGGAUUCCAAAAGCUACUUCUGGGAAGCCUUUCAACUCUUUUUUGGCCUGGAGCCACAGGUGAAGUACAAGGUGACCCCUGGAAAGGCCACCAAAGAGAUAAAAGCAACUGAGGGGAAGACAGAGGCAACUGGGAAGAGGAAACAUAGUGAUACUUUGGAAGAUGCUAAGGUUUUGGCCUCUGGAGAGGCUUCCAUAAAGAUGGAAGUAAGUAAGGAAAAGAUGGAGCAAGGUGACACACCAGAAGGUGCAGAUGGCCUGGCUCAAGGGAAGCUAUCCAGGGUGAUGAAGGCAACCAAGGAGAAUAUGGAAGAUACAAAGAGGACUGAUAUGUUGGAAAAGCCCUACUGGAAGAAGGUGAUCAGUUCCAGUGGGACCAUUCUGAUCACACUCCUGAUCCUUGGCCACAUGUACUUUGCCUGAAGCAGCUCAAGCCUAGGGUGUCUGAAGGGCACCAAAGCCGCUGCCUUUCCCAGACUUUCAUCAAAAAAGAGAUGGAGUAUUUCCUCCUGGGAGACCCAAGAAUAUGGAGUCAACAUGUAUACCACUGAAAAUGUUCCCUCAGUGUCAUGUGUCAAAUGCUACCAGCUGCAGAGGCAUGGAUUUUGUGGAGUGCUUGUUCUGACUUUUGUUCCUUCUUCUAUUUACAUACAUUAAUUUUCAUAAAUCAAUCUUAUAUUCCUUGGACAGCUGGUUCUGGUAUACAGUGUUUUUUGAAUGAAUUUGGUUUGCUCAUC